AUGAGUACCUCAGCUACACCAAUCUUCCUUCCAACUGCAACCAGCCAGGCUCAUGGGACUAACCAGAGUGGGGCUGUGGGACAACCAGAGCCAUCCUAUGCUGUCCUCAAGUUCAUGGAGAGCUUCUGCCUCAUCAGCGCUGCCUGUGGGAUGGUGGGGAAUGCCAUGGUGCUGUGGUACCUGGGCUUCCACAUCCGCAGGAACCACUUCACUGUCUACAUCCUCAACUUGGCCGUGGCCGACUUUGGGUAUCUCCUCUGCAUCGCCAUCGAGACCAUCCAGUACCUGAUGCAGUUCAACGUGGGGGUUCAGUUUGGGAUAUUCCUCUUCCUGGAUCUUUUCAUGUAUGGGACGGGCUUGUACCUGCUGACUGCCAUCAGCAUCGAGAGGUGCCUGUCCGUGCUCUCUCCCAUCUGGUGCCGAAGCCACCGCCCCAAGCACUUGUCUGCCAUCAUCUCGGGCCUGCUCUGGGCUCUGUCCCUACUGCUUAACACGCUGGGCUAUAUCUUGUGCACUGUUCGUCGCUCUCCCAGGGUUUGCCAGAGCCUUCUCAUCACCAUUGGAACCUUGGACUUCCUCAUCUGUGCACCCCUCAUGCUGCUCUUCAGCCUCACCCUCUUCCUCAGAGUCAAGUGCAGCUCGCAGCACCUCAAAACGGGGAGACUCUUCACCGUCAUCAUGCUCACCAUCCUCUUCUUCCUUAUUUUUGCUGUGCCUCUCAGUGUCCUCAUCCUCUUGGACUUCUUGGGCUACAAAUUUCUCUAUUCCCCAGAGAUUGGCUUCGUGCUGUCCUGUGUCAACAGCACUCUCAACCCUGUCAUUUACUUCCUGGUGGGGAGCUACAGGGAUCGGAGAUUCAAGCUUGCCCUCAGGCUGGCAUUCCAGAGGGCCUUUGAAGAUUCAGUGGAUGAUAAGGAUGAGAGGGAAACCCGGGACACGAUAACUAUGUGCUCCUAA